AACUACUAGACAAAAAAGAAACAAAUAAUUCGCUUCAUCGCCUCCAUUUUAAUUUCAAUUUUCACUUUACUUUACUUGCAAUUUUUUAAUGUUUUUUGUUCAAGUGCCCGAAGUUUUGAUAGCGCGCCAUUUCCGCAUUUAGGAAAAAAAAACGAAAAUGUGCUUGAAAUAAUUACUGCUCGAAACUCGAACUCUAACGAAAUGCAAAUUAAUUACAAAUAAUCGAAUGAAAUAAUUUUGUUUUUUUGAAGAGACCAAAAGAAAAAAUAUUUAAAGAUGGCAACGAGCAAAUUGAACAGCCAAAUCUGCAGGAGCAGCAGGCCAAAAUCAUCAUCAACAUCUUCAAAACCAGCAGAUACAACGAGCCAAAUCAGCAGAGGACGACUAACACUGAAUCACUUAGUGAUCUGCGGUUGCCUGGUAAUGAUCUCCAUAGCAUCUGUAACCAUGGCCAAACCACCGGAUCAGGAAGCUAUCCAUCACACAAAUGCUGAAUUCCCGGAAGAGGACAGCGACAUGCUGAUGGAGCCGAAUGAUUUUUCGCCAAUCACCGUACUGCGAUCGCAUGAGCAGCACUUCCAUAUGCCGCCGACUACGCAACUUCAGCCGCAGCAGCAGAUUCCACAGAUCCCGCAAAGUCGAAUUCAGCCGAGAGCUCAGCCCAGGCAAUUUCAAUCGGCCGCCGCCCAACAGAGCAAUCAUCCCGAUGAGGAGGAGCAAUUCCGACCCAUUGCCAAUCCAAAUACGAAAAUAGUGGGCGAUUCGCAUACGCAGGCGGCCCAGAAUUUCUAUCCACCGUUCUACCAUGAGGCUCCGCCAUUGGGCCAUUCGAGACCCUACUUUGGACACGGUCCUCCGGUCGCGGAGACGACUCCCUUGAACCUGCCCCUGCCUUUAUUGGGACCCCAACAGCAGCAGCAACCGCAACAGGUGGCCACUCAGCAAAGGAAUUUCGAUGCCAGCAUUCUGGGCAGCGGAGAUUUCGGUGUUCUGCGCGGCGGAACCUUUUAUCCCGAGGAGGAGAUGCCCUAUCAUCCCGAGGACAACAGCGACUACAUCUACGGCGAUGCCAACAACGGACACGGACGUCCCUCCGAGGGUUUCGUCCAGAAGUACACCUAUCCGGAGGAGCAAUUCGCCAAUUUCCGUGAUUUUGCGGACAUCAAUACACCCGCCGAUUCGGCAUUUUCGCAAUUCGUGGUGGUCUAUGCGGCCAAAAAUGCCACAGCUCCGCACUCACAUCCGCAUCCCAAGAACAUAUUCGAGCAGCUGGAGCUGCUGGACAGGGAGAAGGAGCUGGAGAAGAAGACCAAAACCACCGCCUCAUCCAAAAACAAGUCGAAGUUGUCCAAGACAAAGUUGCAGAAGAAGUACCGCAAGAAGGCGGGUCCCAAAAUCCAGGAUCCCCUGGAAAUAGAGCCUUUAUUGGCCCUCAGUUAAGCGUCUCUAUUGUCUAUACAAAAAAAAACAAACAAACAAAAUACCUAA